AUGGAUAGGCCUAUUGAUGAAACCGUGAAAUCGUUAUUGAAAUUCGUCGUGAGAGGGUUCUAUGGGGGUUCAUACGUUCUAGUGAUCGACGCUAUAUUAUUUCAUUCUGUCCUCGCAGAAGAAGAUUUGAAACAGUUGUUAAGUAUCAACAAGACCGAAUUAGGUCCGUUGAUCGCUAGAUUGAGAUCAGAUAGAUUGAUCUCCAUUCACAAACAGCGUGAGUAUCCACCAAAUAACAAAAGUGUAGAGAGAAUAUACUUCUAUAUCAAAUUCCCUCAUGCCAUCGACGCAAUCAAGUGGAAAGUGCACCAGCUGGUGCAACGGUUCAAAGAUGACCUGGAUAAGAAUUCCGCUCCAAAUGGUUAUAUGUGUCCCAUUUGUCUCACGAAAUACUCGCAACUGGAAGCCGUGCAGUUGUUGAAUUAUGAUCGAACAGAAUUCUUGUGUUCGUUAUGUGAUGAACCGUUGAUCGAAGACGAUUCAGGUAAGAAGAAUAAAGAAAAGCAAGAUAAAUUGAAUAGAUUGAUGGAUCAAAUUCAACCUUUGAUCGAUUAUUUGAAGAAAAUCGACGAUUCAAGGAUCGAAGAGAACACGUUUGAAUUCGCGUUGGCUAAAUUGAUUCCGCCUCAGAAUCAAUCGAAUGCAGCUUAUACGUAUAACCCUAAGAAAGGUAGUACGAUGUUUAGACCAGGAGACGCUCCGUUGGCUAAUGUCAUGGGUACUGCUCUGAAUAACGACAGUUCGAGACGUGCAGGGGCUAAUUCGCAAGCUACUUUGCAUAUUAAUAUCACUACAGCUAAUGAUGAGAUUGCUCAAAGACAAUUACAAGAAAGACAAGCGGAGGAGAAAAGAAAACAGAAUGCUGUGCCGGAAUGGCAUAAACAGAGUACUAUUGGGAAGAGUGCGUUGGGGAGAUUGGAUGCAGAGGAUGAAUUCGAUCCUCAGACUACUCAGAAUGCUACAAUGUCCAUGAAUGAAAAUAGUACGAUUAAUAAUAAUGGAGCAUCGCAAAUGGACGGUUCAUUGAAUAAUAAUAAUAAUAAUAAUAAUAACGAUCAUAACUCUAAUAAUGCUAAUGUCGGCGGAUAUAAUAAUGGAUACAAUAAUGGUAACCGUCGUGGUCUAACGGAAUCAGAGAUGGAAGAAAGAGAAAAUGAAAGAACUUUGAAUGAUUACUAUGCUCAACUAGCUAAGAAACAAGCACGUGAAGAAAAGAAGAAGCAAGAAGAAGAAGAUGAGGAUGAAGAGUUUGAGGAUGUGGAUGAGUUUGAAAUGGACGGUGAUGAUGAUGAUGACGACAAGAAUGGGGAUGAUGAUAAUGGCGAGUUUGAGGACGUGGUUCAGGACGUUACUCAGCCUUCGAAAGUGGAAGAGACAAAGAAAGACAGCGAUGAUGAAGAUAUGGAUAUUGAUCUAGAGUUUGAAGACGUGUGA